AUGUACACUUACACACGUCCACACAGGGAUAAAAGCAGAUCCAGUCGACUGCAACCCUACACACCAAACGACAACCUGAACAAUGCACUAGGAGCUAUUAGAGUCCUGGGCUUGGAACUGAUUGAGGAUGAACUUAAACCACAUCUGAAUACAGUGCUGAUCAACAUAAAGGAGAGGAACAAGGGCGCUGCUGAGCAGGUAGUGGUCAGUGGGAUCCUACCAAUUCUAGCCCUGUCUCUGAGGCACAGAGGGCCUCUCACACUGCUGACUGCAAAACUAGUGGCUGAACUCGCCAAAGAAUCUGUGGUUCGUAAAGGUUUUGGUGAUGCGGGCUUGGUCCCGGCUGUGCUCUCUGUGCUGACCAGUAGGGAUGAAGAACUGCUCCUUCACGCUGCAAGGACAGUCUCACGCAUGUCUUAUGACAGCCCUAAGCUGCAGGAACAGUUACUACGUCGAGGUGCUGUUCCUCGUCUUGUUGCCAUCCUGCUCCGUUUUCCUGAUAAGGAGGCCCUGGAGGAGGUGUGCCUUCAGGCCCUCUGCAACCUCUGUGGCAUGGGAGUGGUAGAGGAGGCCGGCAUGGUCUGGGAGAGGGGUGCGUCUGUGAGGCCAGGGGAGUCUGUUUUCCAUGGCGUCUCUCCUCACACCUGUGGUUUCGCCUCCUCUGUGACUCUGGUGUGUGUGUCUCAGUGGGCGCCAGGUCAAUACGGCGUCAACAUUGAGGUUUUCCAGCGCUGCUCCUCCUCUUUCUGGAGCCUUCACGGGAACAAGCGGACUGCUCAUUGGUUCCCGUUCUCCAGCUUGGGAAGCUAUUCAAAUCUCUUCAAGUUGAUCAGGUUCUCUACGAGGAAUGUUCCCCGAACCAAAAGUCUGAAGACUCGCGUGUUUCACACUUUCCUCUGACAGCUUACAGACUGCAAACAUGGUGGCCUUACACCACCGAUUAUUGGUACGCACCAAAACAUCAAGGGAAUGUUUACACACCAUACCCUGGACAUUCAUACUUGGACAUAUUCAGACUGCAAAUGCUUCCAAAUGGCUCCUAUCUAUUCCUGCUGAUGUUUAUCUUAUAUUUGUUUUCUUUUUGUUGCUAUUCCUUGGCUCAGUUUGCAAGUGAGACAAUUACUGUUUGUUUUCUGUGCAAUAAUUGAAUUAGGGAUAAUGGAAAUGCUAUAAAUCAAUUUAAAGUAUAACAUGAAAAGCUUAAAAAUUAAUACAUUAUUAUAUCCUUGCUGUUGAUUUGUUCACAAGUGCUUGAAAAAAAAAGAGAUUUCUUUCCUUGGCAGCAAUAUUUAUAAUUUUCUUUUCUACAGUGCAAGUGUAUCAGUUUUGAUUAUGGCUCAUUCAGUGUUACCCGACAAGUAUGAUUCUAUGGAUAUCUUUAAUGCCCACUUUAAAUAAUAAAAUACUUUAACUUUA